GCUGCUUGUCACAAACCCGGCGGAGGUCUGAGAGGACGGAGCCGACUGCUGAAGCCAGCGGAGGGAGAGAGAGAGAGAGAGAGGAGCGCGUGGAAGUGCGGUCACUCAGUCCGGAGGAGAGCGCAGCACAUCCACGCUUCUGUACUCCGGAGUGGUUUUACGCACGCGAGCGCAACAGCCGAAGCGCUCAGGACUUUUAUAACGGAGAUGCGUGGAAUAUUACCCUGGUGUUUCUAGAGCGUUUUAUUUAUGAAGACAUUCGAGGGGACCCCGCGUCACCCCAGACCUUUGCCAUAUUUGCUGCAACUUCUAAGUGAUGGCAUCAGCCUCUUUGAGUCUCUAGACAUCCCGGACUGGUUUUGACUUCUCCUUCGUUUGCGAGUUGGACUCCGCGCUCUCACGCGGCUGUCGGAUGUUUGUAGUUUUUUAAUCGCAUUUUAUUUUAGGUAAAAGAGCUGACACGUAACCGAUGCACACAAGUUGCCAACUGCACGGACACGGUUGGAUUUGGUACCAAAAUCGCAUCCCGUUUGAAAGAGGCAAAGACUUUGGAGCCAACGUUUAUUUCUAAAAAGACCAAAUAAACCGUGACAAGGAGGAGACGACUGUGAUCCACGGCCGAAGCGGGGAAGAUGGAUUUACUGUCAUCAUGGCUUUGUCGAUGUUUACUGCUCGUUCUUUUACCCUCUCGCCUCAAAGCGGAGGAAGGAGCGUCAGAGCCCUGCGGCGGAAUAUUGGAUGCCAGUGAUGCCGGCUACAUCACCACCCCCGGGUACCCGCUGGAGUAUCCGCCUCACCAGAACUGUCGCUGGGUCAUCACAGCGCCAGAACCCUCCCAACGCAUCGUCCUCAAUUUCAACCCCCACUUUGAGAUCGAAAAACUGGACUGCAGGUACGACUAUGUAGAGAUCCAUGAUGGGAACUCGGAGUCAGCUGACUUACUGGGGAAGCACUGCAGCAACAUUGCUCCGGCACCGAUUAUAUCAUCUGGCCCUUCACUUCACAUCAAGUUUGUUUCUGACUACGCUCACCAGGGGGCAGGUUUCUCGCUGCGCUAUGAAAUCUUCAAAACAGGUUCAGACUGUUCCCGCAACUUCACGAGCUCCACCGGUCUCAUCGAGUCUCCAGGCUUCCCAGACAAGUACCCCCACAACCUGGAGUGCUCCUUCAUCAUCGUCGUACCUUCCAGCAUGGAUGUUACGCUCACUUUUCUCACCUUUGACCUGGAGAACGAUCCUUUGCCUGGUGCUGAAGGAGACUGCAAGUAUGAUUGGCUGGAAGUCUGGGACGGGCUGCCAGGAGUUGGUCCACUGAUCGGGCGAUACUGCGGCACAAUGGUCCCUCCGGAGAUCCAGUCCUCCACUGGGAUCCUGUCUCUGUCCUUUCACACCGACAUGGCUGUGGCCAAAGACGGCUUUUCAGCCAGAUACAACAUGACGCACAAGGAAGUCAGUGAGGUUUUCCACUGCAGUAAUGCAUUUGGCAUGGAGUCAGGGAAGAUUACCGAUAACCAGAUCACGGCUUCAUCCAGUUUCUAUGACGGACGCUGGCCGCCUCAGCAGGCGCGGCUCAACUACAACGACAAUGGCUGGACCCCCAAUGAUGACAGCCAGAAAGAGUACAUACAGGUGGACCUCUACACGUUGAAGGUGGUCACAGGCAUUGCUACACAGGGGGCCAUUUCCAAGGAAACUCAGAAGUCUUACUACGUCACCACUUUUAAGCUUGAAGUUAGCACCAAUGGAGAGGAUUGGAUGGUCUACAGACACGGAAAGAACCACAAGAUUUUCCUGGCCAACACUGAUGCCACAGAGGUGGUGCUUAAUCGCAUUCCACAGCCCGUCCUCGCCCGGUUCGUCCGCAUCAGACCCCAGGCAUGGAAGAAUGGCAUUGCACUGCGCUUUGAGCUGUAUGGCUGUCAAAUUACAGAUGCCCCUUGCUCAGAACUUCAGGGAAUGCUGUCAGGGCAGCUACCGGACUCUCAGAUCUCUGCAUCCUCUAUGAGGGACAUCCAUGGUUCAAUGGGCGCUGCGAGGCUGGUGGCCAGUCGCUCAGGAUGGUUCCCUAAUCCAACACAACCGAUAGCUGGAGAGGAAUGGCUGCAGGUGGAUCUUGGUGUGCCCAAAAUGGUGCGUGGGAUCAUCACGCAGGGAGCUCGAGGACUGGAAGGAAGCAGCAGCGCGGAGAACAGAGCUUUUGUCAGGAAGUACAAACUGGCACACAGCUUGACAGGCAGAGACUGGACCUUCAUCACAGACAGCAAAACCGGCCUUGCUAAGAUCUUUGAAGGCAACAGUCACUACGACACCCCAGAGGUACGGAGGUUCGACGAGAUAACAACCCAGUUCAUCAGAGUCUUUCCGGAGAGGUGGUCCCCAGCUGGGAUCGGGAUGAGGAUGGAAGUGCUCGGCUGCGACCUGCCAGAAACCACCACAGUCCCAGACACAGCGACCCCUACCCUGCCAAGAAUGGAACAGUCCACUGCUGCAAUGAGACCUGCCACUACUCCAUCGCUGUCGGCUGUGUGUGAUUUCGAGCAGAGUCUGUGUGGCUGGUCCGGGGAUCCACAGUCAGGUGUGAGUUGGUCCCUGCACACAGGCAACAGCAUGUCCACUGGACCAGGAACACACGAGACCAGACUGGAUCUGGCUCUGGGAUCAGACAACAACUCAGGGAACUACCUCCACCUGGACGCAGGUGUGCACACACAGCGGAAGAGAGCCCGGCUACUGAGUCCAGAAGUGGGUCCUGAGGAAGGCCCCCUGUGCCUUCUCUUCUUCUACCAGCUUCAAGGGGAGGCUCAGGGGAGCCUGAGGGUUCUGCUGAGGGACAGCGACCAGGAGGAGGCUCUGCUCUGGACUUUGAAAGGAGACCAGGGGCCGCAUUGGAGAGAAGGUCGCACCGUGCUGCCUCAAAGCCCUAAAGAGUUUCAGGUGGUCUUCGAGGGCUUUUUUGAGCACCCGACCAGAGGCCAUAUCCGAAUAGACAACAUCCACAUGAGCAGCAGUGUCAAGUUGGAGCAGUGUACACAACCUUUCCCCGCCUUAACUCCUGGCAUAACCAGGGGUGCCAUGUCUGGAUUGAAACCUACAGUAGACACAGUGACAGUGCAGACCAUCCCCACCUACUGGUACUAUCUGUUGGCUGGAGGAGGCGCCCUUUUCUUGCUGCUUUCAGUCAUUGUGGUGGUGGUAAUGUGCUGCCACCGGUACCACCGGACCUCCAAGAAGAACAGCAGUAGCCACCAUUCAGUGACCUACCACCGCAACCUGCAUCAGUUUCACCAAAACUCUUAUCUCAUUCACCAACCCAACCAGAACCCCCCAUGCCACGUCAGCGGGCCAUUUUUUGAACCCAUGCUCGCCACCAGAGCGGAGAAAGAUGACGGCUUUGAAUCCCCGUGUUGAAAACUGGUUGAAGGGUGAUGUUUUUCACAACUUGUUUGCAUUCAGAGAUGAUCGGCUGGUAUGCUGACAAGAACCUGCACUUACUGUUGCCAAUGCACCUUGAGUGAACUUCUUCUUUGGCAGGAAGUAUCAAACUGACGGGCGAAUGUAUUUUCCGAUUCAGUUUUUGUUUGUAUUUUAGUUGGUUAUGGAAAACUGUGGUGCAAGUGUGUGAAUGUUUCGUGUCCGACACUGUGAUGUACUGUAGGCUGAGGAAACCUGACUGCAGAGCCAAGAACAGCAUGGUUAGGAGUUAAAGAUGACGGGUGAUGAGAUAUCUGUGACUCUGGCUGACAAAGUCACAGUGAAGCUGGAAGACCAAAGAUAAAAUACAUGUCUCUGACGUCCAAAAUGACAGAAUGUGUUGGAGAGAUUAGAAGAUGCCUUAUACCUACCUGAAUUCAACACGAAACCAAAUCCAACAUGGACUACUUUCUUGUCAGGUGUUUUCAGUGCUAUAGUUGACUUCACUGCAGUGAAGUCAAUUUUACUUUUGAACCACAAAUCAAAUUCGACAUGCUAAUUCACAAGAAUCUAUUUAUGUCUGGUUGCAUUGAUACUAUUGUCGUAAGUAAGUAGGAGGACUUGGUGAAAGAAAUUAUUUUUGUCACAGCAUGUCAGACCCAGUAAAAGCAUUAGAGUCCUACUGUAUUUGGUUGCGAUGAGCUGAGACAGCAGCAUUAGAGUAAAUGUUUAGCUCAGAUGUCUACCUUUUAACUGGCACACAAUUGGCACCGGGCAAUGUCACAACCUGGGGGUGUUUGUCGGAACUCAGAGUAUCUUUGGCUUUACAUGCUGGAACAGUCAUACACGAAAGAUGUGACCUAUGAAAGCAAACAUCGGAGUGGGAGGUGCUUGUCUGAGAUGUGGGUGGGACAUGGUCUGAUUUCUAUCGGUCAGGUGUGUUUACCUGACUAAAGUAAAUAAACAUCAGACUUCCGACCUGCUCAACUUACGUCCACCCGUACCUACUUACAUUUGUUUUCAUUCAGUGUCUGGCACCGCAGCACGUAGCAGCCCAGCAUCGUACGACAGUUACGGCAGCACAGUAUCCCAGCGUGUCACUCUCGCACAGUGGUCUACUACGACAGUGGUACCUAUAACCCUCGCGACGGCUAUUUUGAAUGGCAUUCGACUUGCGUCCAAUCUGACUCACGACCGGAUGGUCAGAACCGAUCCCGGUCAUAAGUCGGAUGUUGCUUGUAUAGGGAUAUUCAGGACUGCGAGAAGCUGUUCUACUAAGCCACUGAGAUUGACAGGCAUCUUGAAAAAUAAUUACAGCUGCCAGUCCUACAGUGGCAGCUGAGCUUCAGCUUGUUUGUUGUUUGCUGGGUUUGAGUGAAGACUUGUGAUGUUCACUGUCUGCUUUACAGAAGGAAACAGGAGAUGAGACAUCUCGCCUUGCUCCUAAAAAUAAUCUCCUCAUGACUUUUUAUUGAAUUUACAGUCAAGAUGAAAACAAAUAACACACGGAUGUGUCCUUUUUUUCCUUCUUCUUUUGACCAAAGAUGUUACCUCUCGACCUCCGGAAUGAGUUACAGCACAGCUGUGUCUAAAUAGAGUUAAAUUGUUGCGCUGCCUGGCCCCGCUUCAUUAUCCAAUAAUUGUGUCUGUUAGCGUUCAAACUUUACAUCUGUGUCUGUUCAACACACAUUAGACUUGCUGUCUGAAGCUAAGCAGAGAUCUCUAGUUGACUGUAAAUACACAUUUUCUGUGGCACUGCAUAACAAUAUCUGGUUCGUCGUCGAAGGUUUUUUUCUUGUUUGAAGUUCGAUUUAUACAGUGACCUUUUUGUUUACCUUUUCAUAAUCACAUUUUAGCACCUAAAGAGGAACACACAGAGCAGCAGUCAGUUUAGACCUGGGGUGUCCGAGGUUUUUGUUCCUACCUAUCAAGUGCUCACAGUUAAACCAAUCAGGUCUCAGCUGAAGUAGGACUGACAGUCAGCUGAUGACAGUCUUCAAACACCUGAUGAAGCUGUGUGUUAGUUGGGUUGGGACAGGACUCUGCACCCUGGUUUUAGACCGAUUUACUGGGGUUGGUUGACAGGGGCAGCGGUGAAAAGGCCUAGACCACAUGCCCUCCAGAAUCCUGCACCUGGGGUGACCAACUGUGAAAGAUCUCACGGGGGAGGCGUCCUAACACGUGCCGGAGCAGAGGUCCUACGGUGAGCAUGUCUUAGCUAAGUGAACACUUCACCCCAUCUCACAACAACAGCCUGAGGAGGAAGCUCAGACCCAGAGUUCUCAUGAUUGAUGCUUGAACGCCUCCACAUCAGACUCAGACACUGGUCAUGUGUGGACAGCGGCCACGUGGUUGGUGCCUACUCCAUACACAAAACACUUGGAAAGUCGUUGAGUGGACCAGGACCUUUCAUGAGAGUUUGCUCAACAUAAUAAUCUCAUAUUCUGACUUCAGUCAAACACCCCUGGCUCUGUCGUAAAAACUAAUUCACACUGCUGUCGCACCUUAAUUUUCCUGUGAAAGUUAAAUGCCAAAAUGACUUACUGUUGUUGUCACAUUCUCUGACUGUAACCUUUAUUUUGUUGAAAACACAGCACUUUUUGGGGGUCCUACACAGCUUGCUCCAAAACCAUUACAUUGUGUGGUUAUGUGGUGAAAAGUGCAAGAACAUAUCCCUUUGCACCUCCUGAAACACAAGUGGGAAGAGUACAAGACGUCAUCCUUGAAUGAAUAUAAUCAUGAGUUAUGUUCCAAGCAUGGCCUCACUGGAGGAAUCUUAAAGUCCUAACAUGCUGAUUCAAUGCUGGAUAUGCCAAGUUGUCUCUGACUCUGUUCAUGCAUCAAUGGGUCUCAACAUUAUCACCCAUUAUGUAUUCACCUGUGCCUUUUUUUCUUUGUUACAAAUGUGGAAAUACUUUUUCACCUGGAUUAAAUACUGAGAUAGUCUUAAUUUGGUUUAUGUGAAUCCUGUCUUGAAUGUUGAAUAGAAGCCAUCAAACAUCAAAUACUUGUCUUUCAUUACUGCUUCCAAGUUUCAUGCGAGUAAAUCCACCUUUGAUUUAUCAGUUACACAAUUGCUGAGGCUGGUUCAUAUUAGCCACUGAGGUUUCACGCCACGCUGCACUGAGCCACAGCACAUUCGUGUUUGAGGUCACUGAUGAAGGGAUGCAGAUGCAGUACUUCCACUGACAAACGUUCACUAUCUUGAACUGGAAAUGAUAUUAUCUUAAUGCUUGGGUGAAAUGUGUAUUCUUUAUGAACUUAAAGUUAAUAUUUCCACACCUGAUUCUGGAAUGUUCAUUUUAUUAAAUCCAAGCAACAUAAUAAAACAUAAGAAAAUACCAUAGUUAUACCAUAGUUUCCGGACUAUUGAGCUCACCUGAACAUAAGCCACACCCACUACAUUUUUGGCGAAAAAAGCAUUUUUGAAAGUACACAAGCCCCACUGGGGCUGCAGGUGUGUCGGUGCUGACUAUGAAACAGAAAGGCCAGUGGAUUCAGUGUACUGGAUUAAAGAUUUGCAAUGAUAGAUGCAUCACUGAGGUAGA